GUUGGACAUCAUGAUAUCAAACUUGAGGCAUUGGGCGUAACGCAACAGCUGCCGCUGCGAUGUCAGGAAUUCAGCGCCACUUGAACUAGCCCCGCCAAACAGGGUCCCAGGACUUUGAUAAAUACCACUGAAUGGAGGGAGAUACAGAGAAGACUCAAGUUCGGGAUAGUGAUGACAUCAAACUUUCAGGUCAUGAGGUCACAGCAGGGGUUUCAGCAGCGGUCCAAGACGUGGGCUCCUCGGCGGACGAUCAGCCUCUACCCAUCAUGCACUGGGAGGCAUUGAGCCUGCGAAUUGCUGAACUUGAAAAACAAGAAGAGGAAAGGAGGGAGAGGGCAAAGACUUUGAACAUACCAGAAAGAGCGAGAGUCUUUGGUAGCUGGAAAGAGGACAGGCAGCACGUGUUUCAUAUGGGCCGCUGGGCGGACUCAGAUGACGACGACUUCGGCGGAUGCCGUUCACCUGUCAUUCAGUCUCGGUUUAACAGUCAGAAAAACCUUCAGCUCUGCUUCAUCAAUAACAGUGAGAGUGAUGAGGAUGAGGAUGAAAAAUCUGGCAGUGAGUGUUCCAAAGAGGCUGAGGCGCGUGGAGGCCCGUCUCCAGGGUUAAAGCAGGAGGUGCAGGCUGCGUUGAGGACUCUGCGGGAUCAGCUGUUGGAGAAGGAGCGCCUGACUCGCAGUGAAUCUGCCAUGACGAGGAAGCUGCUUGACCGCAGUGACCUCCAGACGUGUUCUGUGCAGCAGCUAGACUUACUCAGGGAGUCCAUCUACCAGGACAUCCAUGACCUGAGUUCCCAGCUGGUUUCUCAGCUCGUAGUGCGGGAUAAUCUGCAGACAAAGCAGGACGCUAUGCUUCUGGACGUACAGGAUAUGACAUCAUUGUGACAAAGGAGCAACUCGGACAGGACGCUAACCCAAACAGUUUACUUUCUGGGGCGAGUUAUCAUCUCGCAUUCCCACAUUUCUGUCCAGUCUGGCUGUGUUUUGCAAGAGUUCACCCUGAGACAAAUAUGUAGCAUUUCACAUACUCCCACACGGGACAAAAGCAACUUCAGAUCAGUUUCCUGUUUGUGUGAAGGGAAGCUUUAAGGGGCAUAAUACAACAGGAGGUCUAGAGUGGUGCUAUGUAUAUAGACUUAAUUAUUACAUUGUUGUCACAAGUUUUAUUGUGUAAGUCCUCUUGUUUAUAAAAGAUUGUUUAAUUUAUAUUGAGGAGGACGCUAAAUAAUGAACUAAAUUGCUGUUUUUGCGGCUAUGUCAAAACAGAAACAAGCGGUCAUCAGUUUUAAUUGAUAUUUGGUCAGUCAGAGUAUUUCAUUUUUAUAUGAACUUAAAGCUGCAAAUGUUCUUAGGCUAUCACAGUUGUCCUUAGUAAGGAUAACAAUUUACUAUGUUAAUUUCUCAUAUCAUUAUGCAUUUUUGCAUUUAAUAAAUUUAAUUUUCUAUAAAGUUA